ACGUGAAGAAACGAAAGUGUAAGGUCAAGGACGUAAGUUUGUAGCAGCAAAAUCCAAAAAGGAGUCGAAAACUUGGUAUACUUUACAUGCUUUAACAUAAUCAUAAAUGUUGAACAGUGUCAUUUUGUUCAUUCAAUAAAUUAUUUAAAAAUCACCAUCAUUCAUUAAUUUGCGACGAUAAACUGUCUACAAUACACCGAGAGUCACUGAUACUCAAACUAGUAAUACUAGUAUUAGUCUUCUUAGUCCUAGUUACGCCUAGUACUCUUUCUUAGUAACUAAACUAAGUAGUUUAAGUUUAGUAGUCUUAGUCUUUCUUUAAAAUCUUUAGUAGUAUAUUACUAAAUAUUAGUCUUAGUCAUUAGUAGUAGUUUAGUAGUAGUCUUAGUCAUUAGUAGUAGUUUAGUAGUAGUCAUUUAGUAAUAUUAUAAAUUAAACUGACUUUCACUACCCCUCUGGCUCUGGUAUUUAACAAAAAUUACACUAUCACUUACCAGUACACUACUAGGCACUUUCUAGCCUAGGGAUACUGAGUGAUAGUGAAUCAGUGGUGAAAUAAGUGAUAGAUCGAUCUACCCGACCUACUUGAUUAUAUAUUUCAUUAUUAGAUUAUUUGAUAACAAAACGAUGACCAUUGAUUUUGAUUAACCAGUCACUGAGUUCACUGAGUCCACCAUCCAAGUCCAAUGCCAUGUCAACUUGAUCAUGACUUACUUGUUUGAAGUUGAUGUGAAUGGGAUGUACCGUAACUCUGUAACCAUGUUUGAGUUUGGCAGUUACAUUUUAAUCUUGAAUUUUAGUGGUUAAGUCCUAAAGCCAGGCAAUAAAAGAGAAAUUAAAAGGAGACUAACUUGAUGAUUAGAUAAUUUUCAAUUUUACUUUUUAAAUUAGUAUUUAAUAUUCUUCAUAGGCUUUUCCAUAUUAAUAUGCUUAGUAAUAAUAAAUUAAUGCUUUCAUAAAUUAAUUAAUUAGAAUGGGCAGUAAUGCAAAAUUAAUAUCUGGAACACAUCCCACAGAUUGCACAUUUUCUGCAGCAGGCAUGCAGAGCCCUCUCCCCGAGCCAAAUUAUCAGCGUGCCUGUUACAUACAACAGCAAAGAUCUCAUUAAUUGUGCAAAAUCAUCUCAUACUCAUAUACUUUUUUUUUUUUUACUUAUAAUAAAUAGCUGUUUUCUUUUACAACCAAAAAAGAUUUAUUCGUCAUAAGUUUUUUUUUCCUAUACUAGAACCUCAUUAUUCAGGUUUAAUUGCAAUGUUGGUACUUCGUUAUAAAUAAGUGGAUUUCGGGUUUCAGUUUGAGCACUCUGUCUCUAAAAAGUGUGCCGUCACUUACCUAGAGCAAAGGCACAGAUGAUAGAAUGUCACAAAUUAAGCUCUUUGUUCACAUUCUUCACUGGUCGAAUUAUUCCUAAUUAGGUUAAGGCUUAACGUUAGAAUCAGACAAUACUUAUGUUAAUAAUAAUGGGCCCUUUAUUGGCUAAAAGAUAAAUAAUAAUUAGUCUUAGGCCUAUCUGUUAUUUCAAGUCAUUGUGAAUGUUAUUUUUUUAUCAUGACUGAAUGAGUUAAGAGUGGGCCAUUUUAGUAUCAUGCCAAUGGAUUAAACCAUACUACCGUAGGGUUUGUAAUAGUUUCUAAUUAAAUUUUUAUAUAUAAAAUAAAAUAAUGUAUCAUUAUCUCUAUCAAACCAUGUUGUACUCUAAAGCUGAUUUUGCAUGAAGAACAUCACAGAAUCACUGACAGUGACACUGUGCUGAAAAUCAUGAGUUGAAUUUAUAAAAUAUUCACAAUUGGUAAUUUGACUUAAUAGUUUAAUAACUGUGUAAAAGAAUUAAAUUUCAGUAUUAUUGCUUUAAAAAUUAAUUUUCAAUUUAUAUAUCCAAAAUUGUUUUCUUUAUCAACAGUGAAGCUUUUAUGCCUUUCCAUAAAAAAUGACAGUGUCUAAAUUAGCUACCCUAGUAGGCACUCAGUGGCUUAGAGAACAAAUUCUUUGCUCCGCUCGGGGAUCAUCGAAACUCACUAACACCUUUAGGGUUCUAGACACAUCUUGGUCUCCCGAACCCGAUGUUGAUGGUUACACACAAUUUUACCGAGAGUAAGUUUAUUAAAUUUAAUGACUAUUUAUUUAGUGGGUUAUUAUACUUGAGUGAGGUGCUGGGUGGCCGAGCAGUCUAAACUGAGUCAAUUCCAAGCUUGUGGACUGGAGUUCAAGCAUCAGCGAAAGCCUAGACAAAAACAACACCAGCACAAUGGUGGAUGGGAAUCAUUAACCUUGGAUGGGACUCAUUAACCUUGGAUGGGACUUAUUAACCUUGGAUGGCAACUCACCUAAGAGAUAGCAAACUCUGAAAUCAAACCUAGAGAUUGUUACAAUCUUUAUAACGUUAAGAUCUUCCACAUGUUAUGAGGAUCAUUCAUUAAGUCUUCAUAAUGUCACGAUCUUCCUUCUUACAAAUUAACAAUUGCCGCAGCAGGUGCGUUUACUGAAAGAGCAGUAGGAUAUAAAUCAAACAACUCCAGGUUGACAAUACCAAAGUUCUUUAUUUACAUGGCUACACUGGGUAACGACGAGUUUAAAAUAUCUUCUAUUAAAACUUCACUACACUCACAUUGAUACUACUCUCGACAUUGAGACUGAGCAACUAGCACUUGCACUACAACGAUAACCACUUGCAGAACUCUCAACAUCACUUAACACGCCACCUUUUUAAAACUCCCUACACAAUGAAUACUCAGCAUACACUGAUCUAACCCCCACAAUCUGAGCUUGCAUAACCUAAUUACACAAAACCCUCUCAUAAUCAACAACUUUUUCAUACCAAACAUUCACGCUCUUAAAUCUAGUUCACAAAAGAGAUGGAGUCCCAUAGGCGGUAUGACACUGACACAAUGAAAAUUCAGACAACAUCAGUGACGUGGAACGCAGUGAAGAGCACAGUGAAACACACAAAAAACACUGCUGGUCAUUUACUGCAUCCUAGUCUAUUUCCUGUCAUCUUGACUAGAUAGGAAAUAAACAAAAUGAGGCUCAAGUCAAGGCUACACACAGGUCGAAUAUAGCCUUGGUCAUCUUCACAUGUGAAGGACAAAUAAUAAUAAUACUAUUUGAGUGAUAUGUUAUAUGAAACCAAACAUUUGUAACAAGGAAUAAGAACUUCAUCAGAACACAUGGAAAGGUACAAACACAUAUAUACUGUCCAGACUUCAUUCUCCAUAAAAUGGAAAAUUUUCUGCUUCUAAAAAAUCCACACCAUUACUCCCUCUACCUAUGAGAUACUAGAAACCCAUUAUUUCAUCAAUAAAAUACCAUAAAAGCCCAUUUUGGUGCUCCCCACUAGUCUGGCAUCAGGGGAAUCUGCCCCCUCCCCCCCAAAAAAAAAACAACACAACCCCACCACCUUAUUGCUAACUAAAACAAUAAACAAGAUAAUGUUCCCUGUAAGUCUUAAUGCUAACUAAAACAAUAAACAUGAUAAUGUUCCCUGUAAGUCUUAAUGCUAACUAAAACAAUAAAUAUAACUUUCCCUGUAUAAUUCACAGAGCUCACAUUGCAACAUCAUUACACUUUGACUUGAAGAAAGUCAGCCCACCUAAACAAGGAUCCACAAUCAAAUUUCAGAUUCCAGAUUCAAACUUCUUUGAGGACUACGUGGAAAGUCUAGGUAUCUCCAAUGAUACACAUGUGAUAGCUUAUGACAGGUUCAACUCAAGACCAUCUUUCAGGACAUGGUUUCUCUUCAGGGUUAGAGAGUUUUGUAUUUUUUUAUAAUUUUUAGUUUGGAUUAAUUACACUCUUCUCUCAGCACUCAGCAAUGAAUAAACUUUAAGUACCGGGUACUCUAAUUAAAAAAAUCAAAAUGUUUGCUAUCACAAGUAUGUUUGCCAAAUUUAUUAUUGAAUAAAAUCACUGAGUUAGAUCUAUAUUUAAAUUCUGAUUACAAGAUAUUUUGAAACUAAAUGCUCUUAGUCUUGUUCAAAUUAAUACCAUUAGUUCCUCCACUAUCUGUUUAAUUCCACGCAUAGCUAUUUGGCCAUGAUAAAGUGUCAGUCCUGAACGGGGGUUUAAGGAAGUGGAUUUCAGAUGGUUUUCAUGUUACAACAGAUGAACCAACAGUGGAGGUACUGUAAUUCUACACAGGAGUUGUACAUAUAUUUUGUAUUAAUAUGUUAGUUGUUCCAAACAACUUUUAUAGGAAUCAUCAAAAAAUAUUAAUUUAUAUUUUUAUAAAAUUGCAUCAAAUAUAAUUGGUCUUACUUAAUUAUUUUAUCACUCAUUCAAUUGAAAAAAAUGUUUUUGUAUUUUUUAAAUUUAUCACAUUUACAGACUUUGGAUUUCUUGAAUUACAAAUCAGAAUGGUUGAUUAUAAAAAUACUUAUGAGCACAUAGCUGUAAAGGUACAGACAAACAUGUAAUAAAAGGUGUAAAGGAUAUGGCAUUCCGGGGAGACUGCAGUAAACUGGAUGUUAGCUCUAACAGAAAUUUUCGUUUAUUAGAAGAAGUAUGACCACAAGCAGAAUAGAAACAAUGUUCUUAUUCUUAUCUACAUUUUUAUUAAAAAAUUUUAGCCAGGUGAAUUUGAUGCACUCUUCCGACCCCAUCUCUUAAGGGACUAUGAGUCUAUGGCUAAAAAUGUCAAGACACAACAAGAGCAGGUGAUGGAUGCUAGGGGCCAUGACGCAUUUUACGUGUCAGAUGAGGGUAAAUUUUCAGUCUUUAAACAAUCAGUAACUGGGUUAGUUUUUUUUUAUGGAGUAUACCAUUAAGUAGCUAUGUUAUUGUCAAUGUAGAGGGAGAUCUAGCCUGUAUAUAUUUUUUAAAUUCAGAUAACUCUGGAGGACACAUUCCUGGAGCUAAGAAUAUCCCUUUCAGUAGCUUAUUCAAUGAUGAUGGAACUGUGAAAGCUGAAGAGGACCUUAAGAAUUGUAAGUUAUCUAAAAUGUAAUGAUUACAUAAGUCCACCAUUUUUGACAGAUGCAAAAAAAUAAUUCUAAAACACAAUGACUAUGAAUACCAGAAAGUCAUACCAAAGUGCAAAUACAAGGUAAAUAGUCAAUGAAACUAAUGCAGAAUGUCCUAUUUACAGUCUUUAUUGUUUACUGGCAGUCAAAAUGGUGCUUCUCAAAGUUGUGGUCUGUGAACCCUUAGUCUCCAGUCCACAAAGGGGGAAAAUUUCAAGAAGAUUGAACAAGAAAAGCAAACUAUAAAAUUGAGCACCAACCCCUGUUGCAGUACAGAUCAGCCUCCUGCACUGUAUCGCUGUGCUAAAACACUACCAUACCUUUUUUUUUUUUCCAACACCAGUGUUCAUCAAAGCGGGUGUGGACCUCAGCAAGCCUUUGGUUUCUUCAUGUCAGACAGGAAUGACAGCGUGUGGCCUUAUCAUUGCAGCACAUCUCCUGGGCAGGAAGGACAUACCUUUGUAUAAUGUGAGCUCAUGCUGUUUGUUUUUUGGUGUGGUAUACUCUUUGGCUUCACUUUGAUUCAACACAUCGGCAUCGGGAUCAGUAGAGUUUUUGCCUGUGAACCACUUAUCUAGCUGAAUGUCCAUGAGAUACAAUAGCGAUGACGCUGUUGUGUUAGCUACAAUAGCAAUCAAGCUGUAGUGUUAACUCUCUCCCCCCCCCCCAUACAAAAAUCCAGUUAAUAUAUUUGGCUUCACUUUGAUUCAACACAUCGGCAUCGGGAUCAGUAGAGUUUUUGCCUGUAAACCACUUAUCUAGCUGAAUGUCCAUGAGAUACAAUAGCGAUGACGCUGUUGUGUUAGCUACAAUAGCAAUCAAGCUGUAGUGUUAACUCUCUCCCCCCCCCCCCCAUACAAAAAUCUAGUUAAUAUAUCUCUCCAGCAAGAUAUUUUUAAAUUACUAACCAGCGCUUUAUACAUUUUACCGAACGCUCUGAUAUCAUAGCGCCUAUUAAGAAAUUACCUUCAGGACCAAGUAAAGGGAAAUAACUCCAUUUUGAUCAUUUAAGUUGCUGCCUUUGAACAUUUGUUACAAAUGUCUAUCUAUCAUCCAGUGAUAAACAAAAUUAUUGAUAAUUGUAAAGAAAACAUUAGAUUUCAGUUAAAAAUAAGUCUCCAUAAGAACCAGUUACACCUAAACAAAAUUCUUUAAUGUGAAUUGAACGCAAUUGGUUAGACCAGUGAGAGCUAUCAACACAGUCUUCAUCUUCUGACCCAUCUGGGAUAUCAAAAUGUUGAACUAAUUCAAUAUAAACAUCACUUUUAUAUCUAGUGUCUGCUUCUGCACCCAUUUCUGCAUUAGAUUCAUUACUGUCGACACUAACAGCAGAUGUACUUGCAGUUUGAAGUGAUCAAGAAGGGCAAAAGCCAUUAAGCUAAGAUCUACUGUCAAUAAAGCAAUUGUGGGACUGAGGCAUUAGGGCCAGAAAGUUGUAGGGGUUGCAGAAUCCCAUAGCGAACUGAGCGUAAAAGGGGGACAGCUGUAGGGGUGUGGAGACGUAAGGGCCAGAAAGCCAUAGUAGGAAUGAGGAGUAAGGGCCAGAAAGCCAUUGUAGGAAUGAGGAGUAAUAGCCAGAAAGCCAUAGUAGGAAUGAGGAGUAAUGGCCAGAAAGCCAUAGUAGGAAUGAGGAGUAAUAGCCAGAAAGCCAUAGUAGGAAUGGGGAGUAAUGGCCAGAAAGCCGAAGUGAGGCUGAGGUGUAGGGGCCUUAAGGGCUUUAGGGAGGCUGAGACGUAAGGGCUGGGAAGCUGUAGUGGGACUGAAAGAGUUAAGGGCCAUAAAGCUGUACCUAUACUUGAGCCAGACUGCAGUAGCUGGACUGAAAGGGUUUAUAUGUGUGGCAUUAAAUCAAAUAUCUCUUCUUACAUAUCCCUUUCAAGUUUAUUCGUACUAAUAUUAAAUUUGGUGCAAAUUUCUGAUGAUUCUUUGACCAAUGAACCAAUCUGAAGAGUUGUGGUUGCUUGACUUUUAACAAGCAUCAUGGAGCAUUAAGAUAAUAUUACUCAACUCUUCAUUGAAAUAAAUCCUUUUUUGUAGCUGUUUUUUUUUAUAAUUGUUAUUUAACUUUUUUGUUUGAAAUCACUGUUUUAGGCUAUCUUAAUUUUCUUUCUCAAAGUUAAUGCUGGGUUUUUACAUUUUUGUUUGCAGGGUUCUUUUACAGAAUGGAGUGCAUUAGCGCCACCUAAUUACAUAGUAAAGACAAACAAGCCAUAGACUGAACCAAGGGUACUUUGUAGUAUUAUUUCCACAUUGGGGUUUUUAUGCCUUAAUCUUGGGAGUUCAAGAUAUUUUUGUCAUAAAGCUAUCACAGCUGAGUUUUAGACAAAGAUUUUUACAGAAAUUCCUACCUUUUCAAAUGGGAUUGGGAUAUUAGCUCAUUGUUUCAGCUAAAAAUGUCUGGAUGAAACUGAGGGACUGAUUGAUAGUGUGAUUUGCAGUGGGGGAGGGAAUGUCAAAACUAGAACUGCACCCCACACUCUAUAUUUUAAUUUUUGAAACAGUUUUUACUCAACUGAUGUUAAUAAUAGGAAUUAGAAAGGUAAGGGGGUUUUGGCCUGUUAUUUUUAGUUACCCUCACUUUUGGUGCCUUAACACAGCUCAUCUUACCCUGGUUAUGCCUGCAUUAAAAGAAAUCUGGCAACUUGAUCCCUUGACCUAACACAUUGUUAGCAUUGACACAAAUAUUUUCCUAAUACAAGCCACUGUUGCACCGGGAGAUCAGAUGACUGGGUUUUUGGGGGGGUUACUGUUGAUUUCAAGAAGAUAUUUUGUAAAGAUACACAGACCCUGUGAUGCAGUAAUAAACAGAUGUUACAUGAAGUUUACAAAAUUCUAGCAUUUUCAAACUCCCCUUUCACUUGUCCCCUUUUGAGUAAUUAUAACUGAUUCCUUACGCCCUUUAUGGAUGUCACAUAGUCUUGAUUCAACAUCUAACAUUCAUUUUAUAAUCCCCUGCCAGAUUUUUAUUUCUUUGCAGCCCACCCCACUUCACAAAUCAUUUGAUUUAGCUUUAAUUCGGUUAAGUUAAACACAAGUCAGUAAACUUUGGACAUUUCUUGGUUACUCAGUUUAAUGAUGCCUUCCACGCUUUCUUUGGCGUGUGAGUAGAAUGUUCACUUAUAACUUGGAUACAUCCUCAUUCCCCAGGGUCUGCAUUUUUUUAAAAUAAAUUUUUGUAUCUACAAACUCCUCCUUUCCCCACCCCGAGGAAUCUUUUAUGGACAUUCCAAAGUACUCGAUUACUUUCAUAAGUUGGGGUCCCGGGCAUGGAGGCAAAGUCAUCGAUCUCACCAAAGGGAAGGGUGUGGUGGAGCAGGCCAUGGCCCUGAAUGGGCGGUUGAGCCACUGAUGAUGAAAGUGCUAUAAUGCUUUUAAUGGAGUGCUUGUAUUAGUAUCUAUUAUGUAAUUGAUAUAUAUAUAUAUGCUUAAAGUUAUACGAAUUAUAAUUUUUUUUUAAAUUUUAAGAUUUGUUAAUGCAUGUUCAGGUUAGAAAAUAAUUGUCAGAAGUUUUUCAUUUAAUGUAAGGCAGCCACAUGGUUCUCUAUAAUAGCGGCCCCUGGACCUGCACCAGUCCGCAAGCCCUACGUUGCCCUUGCCCACAACAUCAAUAUUAAAGUUAUAAUUAAAGGAAAUGUAAUUAAUAAAUCUGGCAAACGUCCCUUGUGCUAUUCAGAAACUUGUCCAGCAACCCACCAAAAUCUUAAGGUUUGAAAAAUGCUGUUCUACAACAGUGGUUCUCAACAUGGUCCUUAUGGCCUUUUUUUGUGGAGGCCAAAAGUUUCUCUUUAUGAUCAACAGGGUAUGGGUCCCAUGAGGAAAAAAAAUGUUAAAAGUGGCCCCCAAGCAAAAAAUGUUGAGGAACACUGCUCUAGAAAUCGAGAUUUCAGUCAAAAUUUUGUAGAAAUUUGUAAUAAUACACUCAUUCUUGGAGAUCAUCUGUUGUUGUUAUUAUUAUUAUUGUACUGUUCCAAUAUCAAAGUCAAAUAUAUUAUUAACACUAAGGUCACACAGAUUGGAGGAGUCAAGGGGAGAUUAGGUAUCUUACCAUAUUUUUUUUUAUUGCGCUUGUUAACUCACUGCAUAAAGUUUAUUUUCUCUUGAGUGAAGUUUAUGAAAUAAGAUGUAGUGUCAGUGAAAGAACUGAGACCAUAUUGUUGAACUGACGUCUUAGUAAGCCAGCACCCAUUCUUUUAUUUCUCUCUCCCCCCCCCCCCCCCCCCCCCAAUUUCAAAUUUAAAAAGUCAACAAUGGUCUUAUCACAUUGACUUCUUUUACUCUGUGGAUUUGUAUUACUUUUCAACCUGUAGGUCAAAUAAACUUGCAUGUUGCCAUUUUUUUAUUUUGUUUUUAAACAGAUGUUGCAUAUUCUUUUUUUUUAUUUAAAAAAUAUAUAAAUUUCAAUGCCAUGUUGUAAUGAAAUGUAUAAAAGGAAUCUACAACAUCCCCUAUCUUUUAUUUUUUUCAUAUAUCACUGACAACUCGACCAUUGCCGAGCAUAGAGACAUGGUAGGGAACUCAGUUGUUGAGGUGCAUGGCAACAACCAAUAUUAAACUUAUAGCCCAGGUGUUAGCCAGAUCCCUCUAUGUGAUUAACAACUGAUGGAAUUUUCAUAUUCCAAGCUAGCAAAUUAACUAUUCAUUAACUCAUGAGUAAGUUUCACAUUCUUAAAAAGGAGCUGUAGAAAAUUAAAUAAUUUAAUUUAA